UAUGAUGUAUGAGAUCACUGGCUUCUCAUCAGUAAAUUUAAAUAAGAUCACUUUUGGCUUAGGAGUCUGGAGGAGAGUUAUUCAUCAAAUGCAAUAUUUUUCAGCCAUGGCUGGGACCAUUUUGGUCCAAGCUCGCGACCGGGCUAAACUGAACAUGGAAAUUCAAGAUGCUAUUAAUGGAGGUAGAUAUGAUGCUACAUGGAAGCUGUUUGAACAGCAUAUGGGAAUGGAUGGCUUUCCUCGAAAAUCUGUUGUGAACAAUGUUCUAACAGGGUUCUCCCAGAGCCUUGAUGUUCAGUGGCUUGAGAAGGCUUACAUGUUGGUUGAACGUGCUUUUGAGGAGGGUAAACAGAACUUGCUGGAGAAGGAGGCCCUUCUUUAUCUCUCUCUUGCUCUUUCCAAAUGCAGUCUACCCGUUCCUUCAUCCACUGUUUUAAGAAAGUUGGUAGAGAUGGAGCAAUAUCCUCCUGUGACAGCCUGGUCCGCAAUAUUGGCUCAUAUGUCAUUCACAGGACCAGGAGCUUACCUUGCUGCUGAGUUGAUUCUUGAGAUAGGCUACUUCUUCCAAGAUGGCAGAGUGGAUCCACGUAAAAAGAGUAAUGCACCUUUAAUUGCCAUGAAACCUAGUACGACUGCUUUAAACAUUGUUUUGGCUGGGUGCCUGCUGUUUGGAACAACCAGAAAAGCUGAGCAGCUCCUUGACAUGAUGCCUCGAAUUGGUGUCAGAGCUGAUGCAAACCUGUUGAUCAUAAUGGCACAGAUAUAUGAGAGAAAUGGGCGAAGAGGAGAAUUAAAGAAUCUUCAGAGACAUGUUGAUGAAGCUUGUAACCUGACUGAUAUCCAGUUUAGACAGUUCUAUAAUUGCUUGCUUAAUUGCCAUCUGAAAUUUGGGGACCUUGAUUCUGCUUCUAACAUGGUGUUGAAAAUGCUUAGGAAAGCAAAUGUAGCACGAAAUUCCCUUGGUACAGCUACACUUAACUUUGUAACUGUCAACAAUAAACUUCCCCCUAGAAAGGCUUUUAUGCAUAGCUUGAAUCAGAAAACAUCAGAUGGUUUAAUACCAUAUGAAGAGUUCCGUAGAGACAAAAAUUUCAUAAGCUUGGACGUGGAGGCAAAAAAAAUGUUAG